AUGGCGGAUUCCAACCCAGUUAAAGAGGCUGAGGUCUCUAUGGCCAACCUCCUUCUUGAUGAAGUUACCGGCGAGAAGGUGUCCAAGACCGAAUUGAAGAGACGCCAGAAGCAGCGUGAGAAGGACGCUAAGAAGAAGGAGAAGGAGGCUGCUGCUCCUCCCAAGCCCAAGUCCGAGAAGAAGACUUCUGCCGAGGAGGACGAGGCCAAUCUGACCCCGAACCAAUACUUCGAGAUCCGAAGCAAGAGAAUCAACAAGCUGCGCGAGACCAAGCAGCCUAACCCCUACCCCCACAAGUUCCACGUUGAUACCGACCUGCGCAAGUUCGUCAAGGAGCAUGAGGGUCUCAAGAAGGGCGAACAGAAGCCCGAUGUUCCCGUUCGCGUCGCUGGCCGUAUCUACACCAAGCGAACCUCUGGAAACAAGUUGAUCUUCUACGAUAUCCGCGCCGAGGGUGUUAAGGUCCAGGUUGUAUGCCAAGCACAAUUCUCGACCGGCAAGCCUUUCGAGGAGCAGCACGAGCUGCUUCGUCGAGGUGACAUUGUCGGCUUCGUGGGUUUCCCCGGCCGUACCAACCCUAAGAACCGUGACGAUGGUGAACUUUCCAUCUUCGCCACUGAGGUGACUCUCUUGACUCCUUGCUUGCAUGCCAUUCCCUCCGAGCACUACGGCUUCCAGGACAAGGAGCAGCGUUUCCGCCAGCGUUACCUGGACCUCAUCAUGAACGAUCGCUCGCGCCAGAUCUUCCGCACUCGUGCUGAGAUCAUCAAAUUUGUCCGCAGUUUCUUGGAUAACCGUGAUUUUACUGAGGUCGAAACCCCCAUGAUGAACGCCAUCGCCGGCGGUGCCACCGCCAAGCCCUUCAGCACCCACCACAAUGACCUUGACAUGAACCUGUUCAUGCGUGUCGCACCUGAGCUUUACCUUAAGAUGCUGAUUGUCGGCGGUAUGGAGAGAGUGUACGAGAUUGGACGCCAGUUCCGCAAUGAGGGAAUUGAUCUGACUCACAACCCCGAGUUCACCACUUGUGAAUUCUACCAGGCCUACGCGGAUGUGUAUGACCUUAUGGAGUUGACCGAGGAGCUCGUCUCAAGUCUCGUCAAGCACGUCACUGGUGGUUAUGAGACUGUCUUCCACUCCCUGUCCGGCGAAACCUACAACGUGAACUGGAAGGCGCCCUGGCGGCGAGUGGAGAUGAUGCCUGCUCUUGAGGAGGCAUGUGGUGAAAAGUUCCCCCCUGGUGACCAGCUACACACCCCCGAGACCAACGAGUUCCUUAAGCGCAUGUUGAAGAAGAUGAACGUCGAAUGCCCGCCUCCUAUGACGAAUGCCCGCAUGCUCGACAAGCUUGUCGGUGAUUUCAUUGAAGAUACUUGCAUCAACCCCACUUUCAUCACCGGACACCCGCAAAUGAUGUCUCCUCUGGCCAAGUACCACCGCGAGCAUGCCGGUCUUUGCGAACGUUUCGAGGCCUUCGUUUGCACCAAGGAAAUCAUCAAUGCUUACACUGAGUUGAACGAUCCUUUCGACCAGCGUAUGCGUUUCGAGGAGCAGGCCAACCAGAAGGACCAGGGUGAUGACGAGGCCCAGCUCAUCGAUGAGACUUUCUGCCAGUCUCUCGAAUACGGUCUUCCCCCGACUGGUGGCUGGGGUAUGGGUAUUGACCGCCUGGUCAUGUUCCUUACCGAUAACUACAGCAUCAAGGAGGUCUUGACCUUCCCCAUGAUGAAGGACGACAAGACCGCUGCUGACCCUAAGACCGCCGCCGAAGUCGCUGGCGUCGAGCCCGUCCCCGAGGAGGGAAUCCGUACGUUACUUAUAUCAGCCAACUUCCACGAGCCGCUCUCGCUGACGAUGAAUAUACAGCCCACAAAUGAAUAG